UAUGGCAUCAAUGGAUAAAUUAAGGAAGAAAAUAUUGGAGAGAGGAUCUUCUGGAAUACUGGACUUCGGCAGGUUAUUCAAUAUUGUUGACCGGAAUCGUAGCCAAUCCAUCGAUUUAAACGAGUUUGAGAGAUGUAUCGAGAUAUUCCAGAUUGACAUAGGAGACAGUGAGAUGAGGGCUCUCUUCAGCAGUAUGGACAAAGACGGCAGUGGGAAGCUAAGCUACAAAGAAUUCAUUACAGCGCUCCGGCCACCUCUAAACGCUCAGAGGUUGUCAAUGAUCGACCAAGCCUUUAAGGUGAUGGACGUGACAGGGGACGGCGUGGUCACUGUGGAAGAUCUAAAACUAAGGUAUAAUGUCCAGUUCCAUCCAAAGUUUGUGUCUGGAGAAUGGACGGAAGAAAAGUGUCUCAGGGAAUUCCUUGACAGUUUCGACUCGGAAAAAAACAAGGACGGUGUUGUGACUGACCAAGAAUUCAUUGAUUACUACAGUGGAGUUAGCUCCUUCAUAGACUCAGAUCAGUACUUUGAGGAAAUGAUGAGAAAGUGUUGGAAACUGUAG